AUGUCUUGUCGUCAAGCAUACCAUGCUGGAUGUUGGUACACCGAAAAUGGUAGCGAGUUGUCUCGGCAACUUGAUUUGUGGCUAUCGAAAGCAGACCUCACCCACGGGCCGGCCAGAGCGAUAAUAGCACCUCACGCCGGAUAUUCCUACUGCGGCGCUUGCUCGGCGUACGCAUAUAGACAAGUCAGUCCUGUGGUUGUCAAACGAAUUUUCAUAUUGGGCCCAUCACACCACGUGAGGAUCGCAGGAUGCGCUCUUUCGUCCCUCGACAAGUACCAGACUCCCCUCUACGAUCUCACCAUCGAUAAACAAAUAUACGCGGAGUUGGAGGCCACACGUCAGUUCGAUAGAAUGGACGAGCAGACCGAUGAAAAUGAGCAUUCCAUUGAAAUGCACCUACCUUACAUAGCCAAAGUCAUGGAGGAGUACAAAACCAGUUUCACGAUUAUACCGAUUUUAGUAGGCUCCCUGACUCCAGAGAAGGAAGCCAAGUACGGAGCGAUACUGGCGCCAUAUCUGGCCGACCCUCAAAACCUGCUGGUGAUCUCAUCCGACUUCUGCCACUGGGGCAGCAGAUUCAGGUACACGUGGAAGGAUAGCUCCAGGGGCCACAUUUACCAGAGCAUCGAGUGGUUGGACAAACUGGGAAUGGAUUUAAUCGAAAAAAUGGAUCCGAAGGCGUUUACGGAUUAUUUAAAUAAGUAUGGCAACACCAUAUGCGGUAGGCAUCCGAUCGGAGUGUUGCUACAGGCCAUUUCUAAACUAAGCUCCCAAUCAAACGCGCCCAAGAUGUCAUUGAAGUUCUUGAAGUACGCUCAAUCCUCGCAGUGUAUGAAUUCGAAAGACUCCUCCGUAUCGUACGCCAGCGCGUCGCUGGUGUUCGAAUAAGGGUUGCCAGCCUCGAAAUAAAUUUCCAACCUAAAGUUAUUUUACUAAACACUACAAUAGAGCUUAGCAGCGGUCUCCGAACUCCGAUUUCCUUGUUAAACUUUCUAUGACGCAGUAAAUUAGCAGUCUGCAGUAUCAAUUGCCAAUCUCCCUAAGAUUCUCUUCUGUGCCACGUCACGACAAACAAACGAAGAUCUAAAAUUUUUGUUUUCAUUAUUUUCGAGACCGCACCUUCGGUCAACCGUCAUGAAUAAUCUCUCGGUAAAGUCGUGGGAAUGAUUUUAGUGGCAGCUUUCAAAGAACUCAAAUAGCCAUGGCUAUUUUAAAAUGGCUUAGUUUAAUUUCCACCAUACUCAUGCACUUUCGCAGGCGCUAAACGCCUAAUAAGCCAUCGUUUUUAAACCUGAAGAAACAUUAAAAUUAACAGAAUGAAAACUAUUAACUUCGCGUCCAGCCUUCUCGCCCGCGCUUCCAUUCAUAGAAUACUUGAAUUUACGCCGCGUCAAAAGCACCCCGCUUAUGGUUUAAGUUUCGGAGGGGAUAGCACUCCGUUCGGUUGGUAGAAACUUGGUUGUGAUUCUAUAAAAGGCUUACUUUGUCCUCUGCCUUAUUUAGAGUGACAGGCGUCAAGUUUGACAGCUGUCAAAUUUGUCCAUAUGUCAGUUCGAGACGCGAACACAAAUAACACGUCAUUGAAGUUGUACUUAUCCGUUAUUAUGUAAUUACCUUCACUGUCUAAUGUUUUUGGAUGGUUACUAAAUUUAUGAUUCAGUCUAUAAACGUUUUGUAAAUUAUAUAUAAAAAUUAUCUAUAUGAAUGCGUCUCUCGGUAUAAAUAUAUAUAUGUCGAUUGAAUUUAAAAUUGUUGGCCAAAAAUCGUAUUUUCUUUCGCGUUCCUUGAUAGUCUGAAAUUAAGGUACCUUUGUUUCUUCAAUCCUGUGCUUUUUACCUCUACAACCCACAACGUGAUUAAACUUUCUGCCAAUUGUCAAGAUAGAAGUAAACAAAGCUUAAAAUAGAUAUUGUCUAAGCAAUUUUGAUUCGAGUUUCAGCCCUAAAGGCUAGCUAUUAUGACCGGCUUAACUACUUAUGUUGAAGAACGUUUAAGAUAAAGUUGCCAGCACUUUCCAAGAAAUAACAAUUUAAAUGUAAUUUUACCAGUUUUUUUAUUGUCAUUAUAUUAUUUCGUGAUUAAAACGUGAUUAUAAACAGUAAAAAUAGUUCUAAUUAUACUUACGAAUUGAUCGUAAAACCGAUGAAAAUAUACUUUUCAGAAUUUGUUCUGUCAAAAAAAAGUUGGUUAUAGAAUCAAAAUUGCUUCGAUGUUUUGGAACGCACUUUUAAAAUAGUAAAAAAAUAUCAAUCUAUAGAUCUAUGUACAUUGAUUAAGCAUAAGUUUAUGAAUAGAGAUGUAUUUUAGUUUUUUUUCUUCUUUAUUUCUUAAUUUUAUACU